GUACUGUUAGGGAUGUAAAUCCACGUCGGUGGCCGCGUCACAGAACCAUGAGCAAACUUUUGAACAUAAACACCAGGCUGGAUGAGAUCGCCCUCUGCUGUGGGUCUUCUGUCCUCACCCACACCCAGGGACACAAGAAACAGCCAGAAAUCAUCCAGUCAUUCAUGUAUUGUCUGUUUAACCACCUCUUUAUCCCGUUCAGGGUCGCUGUGGGUCCGAUUCACUGGGGAAAAAGUGCUGUAUUUAGUGUGGGCAUUUGUUCCUGAGAGCUGGCUCCACUCUGUUGGAUUGACCUACUGGCCUCAAAAGUAUUGGGCUCUCGCCUUACCGAUUUAUCUGCUGGUGGCUUUAACUGUAAGUUUUGUGGUGCUGUUUGGAGUCAAUAUGAUAAACACGACUCCUCUGUGUUCAGUGGACAACGUCACAGAUCACUACGCUAAGAACCAGGUUGUCGACAGUGAGCAGAAAGGAGCCAUACCUCGACUGCGAGAUCUCUCUAUAAGUGAAGUCAAUCAUCACUUCUUCCUCUCAGACUGAACUCGAGGACCCCGGGCACUGAGUCCGAGGUGCCACGUCCCUCGCAUGAUGCGUCAUGUCUUCAAAUUUCUGAUCUGCAUUGAUCCAUAUAGAUGGUGAUCAUCCAGGUUUGGUUGUCAUCAGUCUGGGCUUUUGGAGUUUGCCGAGGUUUUAGGCGCACCUAUUCCAUCACUCACCUGCGACAGGGCAGACAUUUGACUUUAAGGUGAACCCAGAGCUCAGGGUAUGGUAAACACACGAGCCUUUAAGGGCUGAGCGGUGGGGAAAAGUGAUGAAAGGUAUAUGCAGAUAGAAAGACUGUUACCUCACAGACUAUUAUGAAGGACUUUACAGUCUGCUUGAGCUCGAGAGAGAGGUCUUGGAGCUGUAUAUGGGUGUUUGUGAGUGCUAUGGACACUUGCUUAAAAGUUUCUUCUGGAUCUUUGGUAUUCUCUUUAUAUAUUGGAAUAAAAAUUUAAAUAAAGUUUAUUAUACACAAA